AUGGCAGUUCAGGAAAGGUGUGACGCAGUGAAACCUUCAAGCUCAAAAGAGUCUUUGAUGGCCAUAAAUCCGGUAAUGUUUCAGACGGAUUAUAGGCGUGCCACACGAGAAGUAAACUUAAGUGCAGUUUCUGUCGAAGAGGCAUCCCCAACAUGGAAAGUGUUUGAGCCAAAUAUAUUGAAGACGUUAACACCGCCUUCCCAAGCGUACUGUGUGCAAUUUAGUAUCUUAUCCACCCAUCUAGGGAGAGGAAUUCUUUGCUGUCUCAAUUUAAUUAGCUUUUUACAUUUAUUCCCGUGA